AAUCUGUGGCAAGGAACAGCAUUUUCACCCGACCCAAGGAUCAGUUUGGUGUCGACAAUCGCCAUCGGAAGGGACGAAAGAAUCGCGUGCCGCGUUUGGGUCUGACGAGUUUCCUGUGAACACACAAAAGGGCUUUCCUGAAGCUGGUGGAGUGCGGUUGGCAGCUAAGGGACGGAAAAAAGUCUGAUUCCAACCGAAAAACGGUGUGUGCCAUUAUUGUAUCUGAUCAGUGACCACACAGAGAAGGCGAAGCGUUCGUUCGGCAAGUGGAGGAAAAUCGAUAUUUUCUCGAGCGCUUUCCUAGGUUCGUUCGGACGGGUAGUGCGUUGUGCUUUUUCUAUGCUUUGAAGAACACUAUCCGGCAUCUAUGUGGCUCUCGAAAGUGGAGGUGAUUAAAAGAAAGUACGAUUUCUUCUGAGGAUCUGAGAGAAUGAGUUGCAACUGGACGCACGAGGAGAAGUGUCGUGAGGUGGGGAGUGACCUUGGAUUAUGAAUUGUGAAAAAUUGUUUCAAGGGUCAACUUCAGUGGAUGGCAGAUGAAAGCGUGUCUAAGCCAGAAAAAUGUGCAAACUUUCCCAUUGGGUGCGAGGAUUAAUUCUCUGCUUAGGUGGAAAUUGUUUUUAAAAGGAUAAUCCUCACCGGUGCGACUAAGCGUGUGCGGGAAUAAAAACGUUGCAAACAAGCGUUCUACGCUGAAGUGUUACUGAAGCUCUAAAUAUCUUUGUGUCUUCGCCUCGUCGUCAGUAAAAAGCGUCAGUGAAAUGCUGUUGACCUCUAAUGAGAUUUGUUGAAAUGGCAGAGUGUGAAGUAACGAACGUUGGCAACGUUCCCCAGUCAAAGUGCGACAUGGUCGACGGCAAAAGCCUUUCAAAGGUUAUUACAGGCCGAGCCUACUUUGGAUUAGGGCCCCUAAGCUAAACGGUUCAAAUGCGCACCGGAUUGACAAAGGUAAAGGAAGAAAUGCCGGAAGAAACGGAAAACAACUCGCGUGACUAAGCGCAAAAGGAAGAAAGAAAUUCGGAAGAAAAGCCUGCUCGCUUGUUUUCUCUCGGAGGGGUAGGGUGUUGGUGGCAGUCUCGGAAUGAAGCACAUUGGCCAUCUACUUCAGUGUGGUCUGGGAAUUCAAAGAACUUCACCAACCCAAGAAGGUGUCCACCGUCUUCGUCGUAGGUAAAAAUAAAGAAAAAAUCACACGAGUGUUAUACAACCAAACCAAAACCGACUAUAAAACCAGCCAACACACGCGCCACUCUACAAGACUGAAAAAAAGCAGCCGUUUGGACGACGACAACGCCCGGAACGGAAAUGGAAUUCAUGCUAAGGAAUAUAAUCAUAUCGCUUCUGAUCUUCGUCUUCGGACUGGCCAAAGAUAUCUGCUUCUGUUUGCGACUGACGGAAGUCCGCAUCCCGAACCACGUGACCAAAAACAGCACCGUCCAGCUCGAAUGUCACUUUGACCUGAACGGCGAGGCGCUCUACUCGGUCAAGUGGUACAAAGACGGCAACGAAUUCUACAGAUAUGUUCCUAGAGAUAAUCCACCAGCUCAGCUUUUCCUCCUGACGGGGGUGUCAGUCGAUCUACUGAACUCGACUGCAAAUCAGAUAGUCCUAAAUAACGUGACGCUGGCGUCGUCCGGGCGAUACCGUUGCGAGGUGUCAGCGGAGGCACCCUCCUUCCAGACCGUCUCCAGCCACGGCGACAUGGUGGUGGUCGCACUGCCGGACACGGAUCCGAAAAUCACCGGCGGGAGGCCUCGCUAUCAGAUCGGUGACAUCGUCCGGGUCAACUGCACCUCGGGCCGGUCCAAGCCGGCGGCCAAGCUGACGUGGUUCAUCAACGGCGAGGUGGCCGAACCCAGCAUUGUGCGCCGUUACGACACUGUGAUAACCGGGAGAGAAGGCCUAGAGACUACCGUUUUAGGAUUAGAGUUCCGAGUUAGGCUGCGGCAUUUCAAACGCGGUGAUAUGAAGCUGAAAUGUGUCGCAACGAUAGCACAUGUAUACUGGAAGAGCAACGAGGAGAGCGUCGAGGGUGACAAACAACCGAAACCACCGGCCCUCGAGUCGAAAGAGACGCUGCAUCCGAACGGGUCCCGGGCGGAUCGGCAAGAAAGCAACUCCAGCUCCAGCAACCACCGGCGGAGAUUUAUGGCUCGAGUGGUUACAAAUGUGCUCCUGUCGGUCGUGGUGCUGCUCAACUCGUUAUCCUCGGUGUCGCCGGUGGUUCUGCCAAGGUCCUUCUCGAUCGGCCGGAGAUAACUCCGUCACUACCGCUACAACUACCAGUACCACCAGCACCACCAUCACUACAACUACUACUACUGGCAGCACUAAACUAUCACAGACGGAGGAGGAGAUAUAUCUCGCACACAGGCGAAUCACGUAUCUUAGUGGCUUUUAUAUUACGUUUUAGAUUUUAAUAAAGAAGUAACGGCUCCUCUUCGUCCUCGACACCACCCCUGCCCCCUGCACCUUUCACAGGAAGAGUACUUUUUAGAUUAAAUUGAAUGCCAAAGAUAUAAAAAACGAAGCUGUAAAUUUAGUGAGAUUACUCCAUGGUGAGGGAAUACGGGAAAACUAGCUGCAGCAACUCGUUUUGCGGAUCCGAUGGUUGUCGAAGAGAGGGAACGAAAUGCCAGCGAAUGCAUCAAUCUGUAAAAUAUUGCCCUGUAAAUAUGUGUAAAAUUUGUUUCAAAGUUUUAUCGUUUGAUCUGAGCAAAUGCAGACUAGAAUAGAUACAAAGCAGGUCACCCGGAGAUUUUUAUAUUAAGUUGCAAUUUUAGAGAAAAAGUUUUAGACAAAGAAACAAAAGAAACAAAACAAGGUUGAUAACAUCGAUAAUUUAUGCGGUCUUGCAACUAGAUACAUGUCAAUUUUGAGGAAAAACUGUUACAAUGUGGAAGCUGAAGCGUGUUUCUAUAAGAAGAAAAGUCAGUAUUACUCAUCGUUGAACUAAUCUUAUACCACACAAAGGAAAACAACUGAAAGAAACUAAUUCAUCAUAUCAGGUGGAAUACACAUAAGAUAAAAUCGUACGAAUCACUUUUCAAAAUACUUAUUUAUGUGACAACAAAUUUCGCUCUUAAACUUUAAAUAAUAUUUAUGGGGGAAGAAAGUGACUCAAAGCUGUCUAUCGAAAAAAAAAUCAAUGUAAUUUUCGAGAAAGGAAAUCAAUUGUGUUAUUUUUUACAUAUAUUUUGAAGAAAAUUCUAUCUCUGACUCAUCGCGAUGCAUACGAAUCAGUAUUAAAAAAAACUACACAUCGUGGCAGAAGUUUACCGAAACAAAACAGUAAUCGCCAUAUCAAAGCGGAUACACCGCCUCUCGUUGAAGUUAUAGGACAGAUCGGUGAAGUACUAGAUUUGUAGUAAUGAGCUGAAUUUUAGUAUGGUGAGAAGGCCAAUUCUCCGUUUCUGCAUUGAAAUGGUGUAAAAAGCGUGGGUAUUAUGAUUCCUUGCCUAAUUUGAUGCUGUUUGAGCAAAACUUUGGGCAACAGUGUUAUUAUUUUCUCCAUUUCUUGCAACAUAAACAAUAUAGUAAUUCAAAGUUUUGCUCAAACAGCAUCAAAUUAGGCAAGAAGUCAUAAUACCCACGCUUUUUGCACCAUUUCAUAGCAGAAACGGAGAAUUGGCCUUCUCACCAUACUAAAAUUCAGCUCAUUACUACAAAUCUAGUACUACACCGAACGUGCCCCAUUGAGGAAACUGCCCGCCACCCCGUCGACAUUAGUUUGAUAAGAAUACCAACCAACCAACCUACCUACCUACGUUCGCCUCCCCCAAACGAACUGCUUCUUCCCAAAAUCCACAGAAACCGGAAACCGGUGGCGGAUGCAAAGUUGCAAAACCUGAAAUGCGAAGAGUCUCCCGGAAUUGAAUGUGAUUUUAACGAAUAAUGUAAAUCCGCUAAAACAGGAGGAAAAAUUGCGGUGAACUCGGUUUUAAACAAGUUACCAAAAGUGAGAUAAAAUUUAAGUGAUCAGUACCAGGAGGGUACUUGCCAUGAGAUGGAAGGAGAAGCGAUCCAAAAAUGUUUAUUGUUAUUGGGCAAGGACAAAGACGACCGCACGAUGCAAGGUGUUGGAUAGAGUUUUGUUUUUAUUUUUUCGAAAUCCUAUUGAGAUGCAUUCAGAGAAAAAGUAGAUAUUAUUUCCAUGCGUACGAGGAUAAGUGAACAAAUGAUUGUAAUUGUAAAUAAUUUUCAUAAAAAUCAGAUACGAUUUAGUCUAUUUUAAUAAAUGUAUAAAUUCAAAA